AUAUAGUACGACGUCGUAGCAUCGGAGCAUGUCAAACAGUUGAGAAAGUGAGAGGGAAAAGUGGAGAAGGGGUUUCUAUUCAAUCAAAUGCAAGUUUUUCCCUUCCAGUAAUGAAGUUUUCGAUUCCGAAACCCUAAAUGGACGCAAAAGAUAUCCUCGGAUUACCCAAAAACUCGUUCCCAUCUUCAAUUGAGAAAAAAUCUCGACCUCCCAAAGAGUCUCAGCGAAAACCUGAUGGCAUUUCUCGCGAGGUUUAUGCACUUACUGGUGGUGUGCCACCUCUUAUGCCCGCUGUUGAUGCAUCACAGUUGAAGAAAAAGCCUCCUCCUCAUGAAAAGGUUACUUGGCAGUGGCUUCCGUUCACCAAUUCUGCUCGUAAAGAUGAUCUUAAUCUUUAUCAUUGGGUUCGAAUAGUCAACGGUGUUCUACCUACCGGAGACUAUUCCUUUGCCAAGUAUAACAAGUCUGUUGAUAUUAUCAAGUACACAGACGAGGAGUAUGAAAAGUAUUUAACAGAUCCUAUGUGGACCAAGGAAGAGACAAAUGAACUAUUCGACUUGUGUGAGAGGUUCGAUCUUCGUUUUGUUGUGAUAGCUGACAGGUUCACAUCAUCUCGGACUGUUGAGGAGUUAAAGAGUCGGUAUCAUAGUGUGUCACGGGCUAUAUUACUUGCUAGGGCUACGUCUUCUGGCGAUGUUGCAACACAUCCUCUCAUAAAGGAACCUUAUAAUGUUUCACAAGAAAUGGAACGCAAACGGGCACUGUCCAUGGUCCUCUCCCAAACAAGACAGCAAGAGAAAAGAGAUGAAGAGGUUCUUAUUGAAGCUAAAAGAAUAGCCGAGUUACGGAUGGCUUCAAAGGUUACUGAACAGUCUCAAACGGCUGUUGCUUCAAAUGCUGAAGCAGGAGUUACAGAGAGGGCUGUCCCUGGUGAAACUAUAUCUCCAUCAAAUGUGCAACUUCCACCAAUGGUUGUUCCUUCAUUGGCAGACAACGCUUCUACUCUAGCUUCUCUUCGUAUGCUUCGAGUAUAUUUGAGGACAUAUGCACUUGAUCAAAUGGUGCAAGCUUCAAACUCAUCUGCUGGACUUCGGACUAUCAAACGGGUUGAGCAAACAUUGCAAGAUCUUGGGGUCAAUUUGAAACCAAGGGUUCCAACAAAAGCUGUUUGUGCAGAGCAUCUUGAACUAAGAAGAGAAAUACUAACUUGGCUGAAUCUCCAGAAACAGGUGCAAUAUAAAGAGGCUGAAGGUUCAUCUUUCCGUGACGGGUCCUAUGGUGAAACACCAGGCACACCAAAGGAUCGCACAUUUAUUCCCGACUCUUUGAAUUUUGGAGUUUCAAGCGAAAGGGUUAGCAAAAAGGACCAAAAACGCAAGGGGCAUGGAGCUCCACCUACAGCGGCCCAUAAAAGACCUAGAAAACAAAAGGCUUCAGAUCUUUAAUUCCUCCUGUAAGAGCUUAAAUAUGGCACUGACUGCUCUAGUAGGAUUUUCUUUUAAAGGGACUAACUAGUAGGACUUGUUAAGCAUCAUAUUUAUUUCUAAUGUAAUAUCUCCCUAUCAUUUUGUAUGAUUCUGUAAUAUAAUUCUCUCUUGUUUCAACAACUUCAUAGGGACUUGUUUCUUCAAUUUGAAGUUUUCCAUGUUAUCUGUCAGGUGCAAUGUGGAAAGGUGUUUCAAUGUGUAUAAUUCCUUUUUAGCGUUGCAUUGAUAUCAAUCUUAUGAAUAUUUAGAUGUAAGUUUUUAUCAUCAGGAAACAAUAUUUAUUGUAUCAGAAAUAUAGUAUUGCAAUUCAUGUUUACAUUCCUUGUGAAAUCUUUUCA